UGAUUCGAUUGUCUAUUUCUGUUUGGCAAGUUGUCUUGCAGUUUUAGAUGGUAAAAUACUCAAGAUGGUUAGAACAUGCCGCGCAUGAGAAACGCUGCAAUGCGCGAGUUCUGGGCGGGUGCGAUUAGAAAGUGCUGUUCCCGUGGCGAAGUCAACGCGCGCGAUUUAGUCUUUCGUGGACGCUGUGAUAGUUUGUAGGACUUUGUAUUUCCGAUGUGGGCCGAAUCACGUGGAAGAGUUUGUGAAUUUCGUGUCAAAAGGUGCCAGCGAUUUUUUUCCGCGACUUGUUGAUUGGAUUGGAUCGGGGGCUUAAUCUACGUUAGAGAGACAAUUUAAGCCCGGAUUUCUGCAUCAUUUUGUCCAUGCAAUUAAAGAAGUAGGAUAUGUGUUAAAUGAAUGGGCUUUUAAGUAAAUUAUUGCCAAUAGUGAUUUUAAAUUCGAAAAGAGAAAUUCGGUGCGGUUUAAAGUACUUGUGCCAUGAACCCUGAAUGUAACUAGCUUUGUCCUCUGAGCAACGUCAUACAACUGCUUCGACAUGGAGACUGAAGAACUCAUCAAACUCGUUGAUGGAAUUUACAAGAAUAUACUGGAUAAGUUUAAUCCGGGAGCGAGGCAAAUGAUCAACGCUGGAAAAGCUUAUCUCAAAGCUCUUCAUGGUGCUGCUGCAGCAUCAAGAAUGUAUGUAGAUGCAAUUAAUAAGCUCGCUCGUCAGGCGCAACAAGGAACCUGGGGUGGAUCCUCAGACAUUGGUGCUGCACUAAUGAAAAUUGUUGAGGUUUACAAAGAGAUUCAAGAUCAACAAAUGAACAUACUUAAAGCAUUUUACGUCGACUUGCUAGUUCCACUCGAGACCAAUUUGGAAAAAGAUACCAAAGUUGUGCAGUCCGAGCAGAAGAGAUUUUUACAGCAACACAAACAGAGAUCAGAAACUUAUAGUAAAGCUGCAGCUAUGAUGAAAAAGCAACGAAAGAAAUCCAGAACUUCGCAAAAAACUGGCCUAGCCAUGGAUAAAGAACUAAAGAAUAUGCAAGUCUUGGAAGAGGAGAAAACUAAAUUGGAUGCUUUCUGUGAGCAAAGUCUUAAAAACGCAAUAACCCAAGAACGCAGACGUUACGGAUUUGUUCUUGAAAGGCAAUGUUCUCUGGCAAAACAUUAUUUAUCUUUUCACAAUCACGGACUGGCUGCAUACCAACAAAAUCUGGAGAAAUGGUCGGAAGUUGCCAAAACAAGAGAAUAUCUUCCGGAAUCUGUCGAAAACAUUUUCACAAACAGACUAAGGCAAAUAGUCUGGCAAGAUGAAGACGUGUACUCGAAUCCAAGGAGUCCUAAUCUUGAAGACGAUCGAAUCAGUAUUAGUUCUCAGUUACGGAAAACCAAGAGUAUGGACGCAUCUUGUCUUGAUAUACGCUCAAUAGGCGACGUCGGGUCCCCGGUGACGACGUUAUCAAGGGCCAAAUCGGAGUAUAAUUUAAAUUCUUCGACACAUUCACUUGCACACGAGGGGCACACUCCAUCCCAUCGACCAAAAUCGAUUGCUGUCCCACCGCCACCUCAGUGGGAAACACAACUAGCUAGAGCGCUUUACGCCUACCUUUCUAGUGGAGAUAAUCAACUCAGUUUUCUUGAAGGAGAUCUCAUAGCGCUGAUAGGGGAACGAAAUAAGGGUUGGCAAUUCGGAGAGAACUUGAGGACACAAUGCAGUGGAUGGUUCCCAUUAGCAUACACAGAACUUCUGGAUGAUCCUACCACGUCGCCAACUCAUCGCAGUGAUGCAGGUGGAUCCAUUCAAAGUCAACAAACGCCAACAAACGGCGGCAACCCAAUGUCGCUCGGCGGCUCCGGCACUCCUUCGGGUAACAAUUCGACACUAGACCCUCCAGCCCCUCGCAUGUUCGGCGACACCCUGCAUUUGCAUAGAUCCUCCAAUAACGCUAAACAGAUUCGGCGAGCGAUCGGUUCUAACAACAUUCCGCCCCCGGCGUUACCGGCUCCGGUGCCGACACCCUCUCUGCCAUUCAAAAAGAUCGGCAUGUCGCAAUCACAAAGUGCCAACUUCAAGUCCAACGCCGACACGUCCAGCUUUCAGUCCCCGUAUCAAUCGGGGAUCAAAUCGUCAACAUCCACCUUUAGUUUCUCCACGCCUCCCACAGGAACCUACUCCACGCACCCUCAGCCCGCCAGGAGCGACCGACCCACAGCGGGCGCUCCUUUACCAUUACAUCUCCAAAGCAAAAGCGGAAAAAUCGGCGGUCCAGUAGGAAACGUAUCGUUACAUAGCAGUAACGAUUCUGGGUUCAGCAACGAUCCGCCGCCACAACCUGAGAUUGAUUAUUCAGAUGAUGACUCUAUUUCUGGACAAACUAAAUUCCCGGCGAGAAGAGUACAUCGCCAGCCACACAGUGACGGUAAUAAUAACACAGUCCAAAAAAAUGUAAGACAGUCUAACAGUCACGGAAAUCUGGUCGACAACAGAUAUUACAUGUCAGAUGAUCAAGAUGCGACAAGAGAACGAAAAGGUUUAGUUAAAAGAACAAAAUCUUUCUGGAAAUUUGGAAGAAAUAGUUCAGAUAAUGAAAUUUUAGAAGGUAUGUCUUUGUGGAGGCAUAGAGAUCUUGUGGACGUAGAAGAAGAGAAACUUAAGAGAAGGAAUAGAUUUAAUAGUCAAGAAAGAAUUAAAAAACCUAGUCGUGACAGAUCAAACGAUUCAGAUCGAACCAUUAAUGCCAACCAAAAUCUAGAAAGUGAGAGCAAAAAGGAUAUUGAGCAAAGAAGAAAUGUGGAAAACGUGAGGCAGUCUAUUAGAGAAAAACCAGAAAAAGAAAAUUACGGUUACCACAAACGGAAUAAUAAACAGUCAGCAAAUGAUCAAUUUUAUGACGACGAUGGUGAUGGACUGAUAAUGAAAACUGUUAAUCGCAAGAAUAUACUGCAACAGUACAAUAAUGAUUCCUCUGUUGGUGAUUCUGAUUCUGAUUCCGAAAUCACAAGCGAUGAUCCUUAUGACUGUAUUCUAGUAGAUGAUCAAAACGUAAACAAGCGGGAAAAUCACUUUCCCAACGUCGUAGAGAUUGGGAAAAAAUUAGAAAAACUGUCAAAAUCGAGCAAGUUUUCCCCAAACAACGGCAACAAUCGUCAUUCAGUCGCCGAGAAAAAUUUGCGAAAUAAUUUCGAAAAAAAUUUAAACUCUGAUAACCACAACAUAAUUCAAUACGAGAAACAGCACAGCUUCAAAACUUUUGGAGUGGAAUCUCCGGAGCCAGACGACAACGAGAGAUAUCACUCGCAAAAUCGCAAUAAAAGAAAUAAUGAAACUAAUGUCCAAGAAAAACGCCGAUAUUAUGCCGACUCGUCCAAACGCAAUAACUCAAACGAAAAACAAACUAGACCGAGUUACGAAAGUAUCGAUUCGGACAUGGAUAAGCGUCGAGAGGGCCGCAACAGCCGCAGAUCAAAUUCGGAAUCGGAAACCCGCGAUAAAAUCAAAUAUUACGACUCGACCAAUGAUGAGUUAUCAGACGCCGUCGAGAACAGACAGAUUAUUCCACGGACAAAACUAACCAAGAGCAAUAGUAACCAUUCCGACUCCAAGUACGAGGAGAACGGACUGAUGGAGUACGGUGAGACACUGCAGAAACGCCUGAAAAAACUAGAAUAUGGGACUAAAUACGACGAAAAGUCGGCACAUAACGGCAACAUGUAUGGGCCUUGGUAUGAUUUAUGGGGCCUUGACGCUUCCGCUAGAAAAUAACUUUUUAUCGUUUCACUCUUGACUCUUGAAUUAUUUGCAUGUCUUCGAUUUCAUUGCACGUUUUACGGUUUUGGCUCUUUUUCAGGUCUAAUAACUUUGCCACCAUAAAGCUGCGCAAAACUAAUCCUAACACAGAUCGAAAUGCUUCACUUAUCCUAGAAUAGAUUGGCUUCACUACUAUUUUCGUUGUUCACCAACAUCAGCUAGUCUUAAUUAUUACUCUAGACUCAUUUUGUAUGUACGAUUUUACUUGCAUGUAUUUUAAAAUAUAUUGUUAUUAUGUUACUUUUGUAUAUAAUUAUUAUAUUUGUUAUUAUAAUAUAUACGCACUUUUAUUAUAUUUUUCAUAUUUCUCAACAUUUUUUGUACAUAUCUAUUUUUGGUGGUUGGGAUGGUGCAAUAAGGCUUGAAUGUAUUACAAACUAACUGUAUUUGCUUUGUAAUUUAUUCUAUCUAAAGUUUAUAAUUUUCGAUAAUUGUUAAGUUGAAUACCGCCAGCUCAAUCCCUUUUAAUAUGAAAACAUUUUUAGGGGCUAGUGAAAUCAGAGACUGUGAUAAACUUAAAACUUUUUGUAGUGUGUUUUACUAACGCAAUUAUAUUAGUAAAAUUUAAAAAAAUAGUAAAUCAAUUCAUUAAUAAAUGACUCAAAUAGAUACAUACAUAUUAUACAUUGCCACUUUUUGAAUCAUUAAUCUUUGAAAAAUAUUUUAUUGUAUUAUGCUGACCGUCCAUUUUGUUACGUUUAGUCAUAACAUUAGUAUUAUAAUAAUGGAAAAUUGAUUGUAUUAACAUAUUUGUAAAAAUAUUAUAUAUUACCUCGGAAUAUAUAAAGGCAGGGGUUCUAGAUUAGGACUUGAGUAAAUGUACCAGUCUACUUAUUCGUAUAUUUAUUAGAUUAAAUUAGCACUAUACUCGUAACUAUAAUGUCUAUUGUAAAACUGACAUACAAAUAACUUGGUUUUAUAUAAGAACAGCAGAAUUAUUAUUGUUGUACUUAAAAUGUAUAUCAAUUCAUAUAAAUAAAGAUUUAUAUUGUUUUCUAA